AUGGCUCUCUGUGAUCUCAAGCGCCGCGAGUGGUCUCGCGCUGUUGACACCACUACCGAGAUCCUUCAAAGGAAUUCCAAGAACACCAAGGCCCUCUAUCGAAGAGGGGUGGCCCGCAUCGGUCAGGGUAAGCUGCGUGAAGCGCGCGAAGACCUGGAGGGCGUAGUGGAGCUUGAGCCGGAGAACGCAGACGCGCGCCAGAAACUGGCCGAGAUCCUGCGGCAGCUGAAAGCCAACAGAACCGCCGAGAAGGACCAGGCAGACAAAAUGCGCGGCUUCCUGCGCGGUGAGCGCUUGGAUGACACGGUGCCUAUCACGGAGGACGGAGGUGUUCGGAAGCUCCACUCGAACGAGAAUGCUCCGCUAUUCGCCUCGUGGAUCAAGCGGACCUGGCUUCAAGAGAAGAGUGGCGUAGCUGGCGUGGUGACGGCCCAUAUAGUGAUGAAGACGCAGGCAGGCAAGGAGUCACCUGGUUGGGUGAUCGACGAUUCCUCGAAGUCGGUUUUCCAUGCGUGGAACAGCGCGGGGAAGACUCUCCAGCUGUUCCCGAGCAGCAUGUUCAGGGCUGUAAGGUUGAGGUCAGGGCAUGCCCAUCGCCUGCUGAUAGCGACCACAAAAGUAGAUAAUUGUAAAACAGCCCUACGGUUCUCUUUGUGA